AUGUCCGAGAAGCCAAUGCUCCAGGAGUUGGUAGCCAUCCUUGGCGUGCCAACUCUUUUGGAGGACAUUGACGAUUGCCAGUUCAUAACAUGCCUAGCGACGAACACCAAAGACUUCCGUUGCGGGAAUCUUAGGAAAAAGACCGACCAGAAAAAGAGCAUAGCCCUGUGGAACGAAUUCAGCUUGAUGAAGGAAUGCGUUCUAACCGACGAGUUACAGGAGAAAAUCCAGUCGUUCAUUCGUUCUUCGAACUGUCACCAUCACAAUUCCGACAAUUCCAAUGCAAUGAAGGGGUUCAAGGCCUGGGUAAUAUCUCGGGGGAAAGACAAGCCGGUCCUGGCCAAGUCCCUUUCGUCGGAAGAAAGCAGCAGCCCGGACCUGUCCUCAGCGUCGCUUAGCCAAGACACAACGACAAUAACGAUUGAAUCCGACAUCAACGAAGCAACGAUCGAGUCCGACGUCAAAGAACCAGUCCAAACUAAGAACACUUCAGAUGAUAAAGAAGAAGUGGCGGCAGUAACGGAGGUGCUUUCAGCGAUGACCGUUACCGAUAAGGAGUUCAAAGCCACCGCGGUCGUCACAACCAUCACCAACGAGGCGAUCAAAGCCGCUGCAGUUGUCACUACCAUCACAAAGAGCGACACCGGGGCUCACGACGAAGUUGGUCCAACCCACAUCGAUGGCUUUGGCACGGUAUCGCAGCUCCAAAGAAAGGACUCAUUGCGAAGUCCCGCACCGCUCUUCGAAGAGAUUUACCGCUAUCUAAAAAAGUCUCAACAAGAAGAAGGCAUCGUUUACAUUCUUAAACACACAUCUGACCGGAACUUGUUCAAGAUUGGGUACACAAAAUAUGACUCGGAGAAACGUCGCAAGAUGGGGAAGAAGUGCAAUGUGGACAACUCGGAGACCAUUUACGAGAGUCCGCAAGGCCACUUCUUCGCCGCCAGAAAGGCCGAAAAACUUGCCCAGGUCUUACUCCGUCAACACAAUCUCAAAGUCGAGAAAUGCAAGAAAUGCGGUGGCGGUCACAGGGAAUGGUUCCUCGCUUCGGAGAGGGAUGUCCUCCAAGCUGUUGAGACCAUGGAGGCUUUUGUCAGAUUGCCUGGCUAUGCCAAGUGCCCAGAGACGAAGCAGUGGAAGAUAUCAAUCGAGGGGUACGAGAAAAUGAAGCUUUUGGGCGGCGCCUCACCGCGAAGAAUUGGAGCACUUCUCCGCGAAGAGCAGGUUAAGACAGCAAGCAAGGAUCCAAGUGAUCCAACCGAAAAGAUCUCAUCGGAGCAUGGGAAGAGCGUCAAGGACGCUGUCAGUCCGGAAACUCGCACGAGCGAGCAAUCUUUCAAUGAGGAUACGAACUCGAAGAAGUCCGUCGUCGUCGUCGAAUCUGUCGAGCUGGAUGACACAAAGCCGGAGCCGCGCAGAUCGUCAGGGGCCGCCAAGCUUGGCAAAAGUUGGAGGAAAGUGGUCAACGGUGUCGGCAAGGCCGUGGAAGGCGCGAGCGAGUACUUGGCCAGGUCACGAGAGGGGACUGCCGAACCUGACUCGCAGCGCCCAAUGUCCUCGGCAGGCCAAACGAAUGGCAUGACCAUGGAAGAAACCAUAUGGAACGCAUUCCGGGGGUUUGAUGCAGCUGAUUGGAGUCAUUUGGGGAAGCGAGUGAAAAGUGAGAUUGGCACUUUUGUCACGGACUUUAAAGAUGGGUUUCAGGAAGGGGAAACAGCUAAAGCAUAA